AUGCCCGGGAGCACGACCGUCGUCUGCCUCAUCCUCCCCGACCACCCAAGCAGGCCAAGCGCCACCGGAGAGCCCGCUGCGACGUCUUCUUCCUCCUCUGCACCACCACAGACCGUCACCGUCUUCGACCACCACAAGCCCUCCCCGAGCCCGCGAGCGCACAACUACAGGGCGCGCACGCCGCUCGCUUCCGCCGUGGCUCGCUCGGCCGCCGCCCCUGCUGCCCGCUGCUGCUACUCGGCUUCGCCGGCUGUCGCGCACGCGCGCUCGAGCCCCGCGCGCUCACCACGCCUCGCUCGGCCCCGCUUGCCGAGCCGCCCCGUGCGGCCCCGCUGCUCGCCCGCCGCCCUACUGCGCUCACCGUCGCCUAAGCUCACGCCCCCGCAUCGCUUGCUCCACGCUGGUCGCCCCGUGGCCUCGCCACCCCUCGCCAUCCCACGCUGCAACCCACGCACGAGCCCCUGCCGCGCCGCCCGCAUCCGCCUUCCCGGCCGCUCAACGCAGCUGAGCGCGCCCGCGCGCGCGUCCGCGCUUGGCCGCGCCACGGCUCACCGAUGCGCGCCCACGCCCCACCACUGCGCUGCCGUUGCCGCUGCGCCGCCCCCUGCUGCUGGUGUGCCGCCGCGCCCUGGCUCCCCUGCUGCUGCUCCUCUGCCGCCCGCGGGCCCGCUCUUCGCCGGCCCCGCACUCCGUCUCCCCCCACGCCGGCCGGCCACUGGCCUCGCCCCGCCGCACUCCCUGUGGGCAAGCGCCCGCCCAGGCGCCCGUCGCGCUCCUGCCCGCUAA